AUGAAAUUCUAUUUUAAUAUAUUAGUUUUAAUUGUUGCGUUUGCUUCACUUUCAAGUUCAAUCGAUGUCAGUAGGCAACAGAGGCAACACACAGUCAAUGCACCAUCCAAUCUUCAAACAUUCACUGCUCUGCUCGACUUGAACAACGGAUUCCGUGUCGUCAGCGGAAACCAAUCGAACGGUGUCGCCUGGUGUCUCUACGGCAACGAGAUGAUGACCACCGGUUGGGGAUACAUCUCCAUCCAGACAAACGGUGCCUACAACGACACCCAACAAGCAUCGGCUGCCGGUUACCUCGAGGGUUACGUCUCGGCCGAAAUGAUCUACCAAAACUGGUACAACAUGUACGUCAACGAAUACAAGAAAUCGGUAAACGACAAGGCUAUCGCUUGGAUCGAUUCCAACAAUCGUUACAUGCAACAACAAGUCGCUGAGAAUCUCGACGAUCCAUACUGGCAACAGGUCGGAUUGGUCAUGACCCAGGUCGCCAGUCUCUUCCAGGGUUACAACGACGCCACCACCGAUCCCUCCCAAUCAUUGGAGUUCUACGACAUUCUCCUGAUGAACAUGGACGGAGAUAUGAUCGACUUGGCACCGGCUCUCAACAUCUCAUUCGAUGCCGCCACUGCUGCUGCUCUCCCACCAAAACAACACCUCGAAAACUUCAUGAGAAAGACUGGACAUUGCUCUUCGUUGAUCAAAUUGACCGACGACUUGACUGAGUUGUAUGCCGGUCACACCACUUGGUCCUCGUUCUACGAGAUGGUUCGUAUGUUCAAGAUCUACACUUUCGCUUUCUCGUCGAGCAGCUUGUCGCGUUCCGCCACCACCAUGUUCUCUUCCUACCCAGCUUCACUCUCAUCGAUCGACGAUUUCUAUUUGUUGGACACUGGUUUGGUCGUUGUCGAAACUACCAACGGUAUGAUGAACAACAAUCUCUACUACUUGGUCACUCCAUCGUCGGUUCUCUCUUGGAUCCGUGUCAUCAUCGCCAAUCGUAUGGCCAGCAACGGUGCCAACUGGUGCACCACCUUUGGUCGUGAGAACUCCGGUACCUACAACAACCAAUGGAUCAUCGUCGACUACAACAAAUUCGAGUCGGGUGUUGACGCACACGACGGAAUGGUCUACGUCCUAGAGCAAAUCCCAGGCUACGUCGAGUACGACGACGUCACCAACAUUGUGCGUACCGGUUACUGGCCAUCCUACAACGUGCCAUACUUUGAGUACAUCUACAACGUCUCUGGAUUCAACAACACCCAAUCCUACGGAAACUUCUUCUCCUACUCUGGAAAUCCACGUGCCAUGAUCUUCCGUCGUGACGCCAACAACGUCUACACCUUUGAGCAAUACCAAGCGGAGCUCCGUUACAACAAUUGGGAACACGAUCCACUCUCUGCCGGUAACUCUGGUAAUGCCAUCAGCUCUCGUUUCGAUUUGGUCACCAAAUCCGAUCCAAACAACCCAUACUUGAACAAAGAUGCCUUCGGUGGUAUCGAUUCCAAGGCUGUCAACCACGCCAUGGUUCGUAACAUGCAAGUCGCUGCUCAAUCCGGACCAACCUAUGACCAACAACCACCAUUCAACUGGAAGCAAGGUGAUUGGACUUAUACCCAUGUCGGUAUGCCUGAGAUUUGGCAAUUCCCAUGGAUGAUUAUGACCACCAACAACAUGGUUCCAGCUCCAAAAUCAAAUUAA